GUCCCUUACAUAAAAUACCUCUUUGUUUUACAUAAAGGAUGGAUACUAUAAAAGUUCGGACAUUUUGUGAAUUAUACAGUUCGAUCUCAACUUCAGAACUAGUAAAAUCUCAAAAUGAUUGCCUUCCUAACAUUGGCUGUGAUUGUACAGAGUGCUUUCGCUGGAAACCUUGUAGAAGUUCUCCAGAACGACGGGGAGACAACUCUUAUUGCUCUUGUACAGCAAGCAGGAUUAGCUGAUGCUUUGUUAGGAGGGGAAUUCACUAUUUUUGCUCCAACAAAUGCUGCUUUUGCCAAACUUCCCCAAGCUACCCUUGACAGUCUCUCAAAGGACACAACAGCUCUGGCCAACAUCCUGAAAUAUCACGUGGUCAAGGGGUCCAUCCACAAAGCUGAUGCCUCUAAUGAACUUCAGUUGGAGACUUUGGCGGGAACCAAAAUCAGAUUCAACAUCUACAGUCAUAACCAUGUUGUGACAGUGGAAGGAUCCAAAAUCACCCACUUUGAUCUGACCGCAUCAAACGGAAUGGUCCACGUAAUCGACACCGUGAUGAUGCCCCCUGAAGGAAGUAUUGUGGAUCUCGUGGCAGGAAACAGUGACCUCAGUACUCUUCUGUCAAAGGUCCAGUCAGCUGGUUUGGCCGGAGCUCUGCAAGGCGAUGGACUAACAGUAUUUGCACCAACAAAUGCAGCAUUUGCCAGACUUGGUAGUCAUGUUUUGGACAAUCUGAGAAGAAACCCAACGCUUUUAAAAGAAAUUCUGGAAUACCAUGUUGUUCCACAUACUGAAUACUCAGCUGGUCUUUACAACCGCGAAUAUGUUAGAACUCUUGAUACUCACCAUGACGUCAUCAGACUUGGAGUCAGCAGUUCUGGCAGCGUCACAGUUAAUCGCAAUGCCCACGUAACAAAAGCCGAUAUAAGCGCCACCAACGGAGUAGUACACAUUAUAGAUCACGUGCUUAUUCCCGCUCGUUAUUUAUUUUCUGCUAUUCUUGGUAGGAGAUAAUCAUCUGAACAAAUCAUAUCAUUACCUAACAU